AUGGUUUGGCAAAUCGAUUUGAAAGGCAAGACUAUAGUAGUCACUGGAGGCAAUCGAGGAAUCGGUUUGGCUAUAAGUGAACAAUGUGCUCAAGCCGGUGCACACGUCGCUAUUAUUUAUAGAUCAAGUCAAGAUGCACCUGAAGUAGCCAAGAAGAUAGGUGAAAAGUAUGAGGUACAUUGCGAGGCAUACCAAGCGGACGUAGCGGAUCAAGCUGCCAUCUCAGAGUUAUUCAAGAAGAUCUACAAGGAUGUGGGUCCUGUUGCAGGCGUAGUUUGCAAUGCCGGUGUAAAUUACAAGAAACCAGCAAUCGAACUUACCAAAGAAGAUUUCGAUGAUAAUUUCGGACCGAAUGUAUGGGGUGUAUUCACUUGUGCUCAAGCAGCAGCUAAACUUUGGAAAGAACAUGAUUAUAAAAAUGGUAGAAUCGUUUUCGUUUCCUCUGUUGCUGCAACUAUAGCCAACAAAGGCGAAGCGCAAGCCUUCUAUAACCCCACAAAGGCCGCGGUCAAUUCCCUUGCCAGAAAUCUAGCGAUGGAGUGGGCAGAUCAAGGAAUAACCGUAAAUUGCUUAUCACCAGGAUAUGUACAUACGGAUAUGAACGCAGGUUUGAAGGACGAUCCUGAAUUCGAAAAGAAGGUAGCUGCCAGUACAAUGUUGAACAGAAUUAGCACUCCGGAUGAACAAGCUGGUACAGCUGUUUUCCUUUUGUCAGAUUAUGCUUCUUAUAUCACUGGUACUCAAUUGAUCGUAGAUGGUGGUUUACACAGCUGGUAG